CGCGGCGCGCUAGACUGGAAGCGCUGGACCUGCGAGGUGUGUGCUAGCGGCUUGAGCGGUGAGAGGCUUGGCGGCCAUGGCUCCCAACGUCCCCGCGCCCGAACCGGCCCCAGAGUGUCCCAAAGGCAUCCGGGCCGUGCUCCUGGGGCCUCCCGGGGCCGGCAAGGGUACCCAGGCACCCAAAUUGGCCGAAAACUUCUGCGUCUGCCAUUUGGCCACUGGGGACAUGCUGAGGGCCAUGGUUGCAUCUGGCUCAGAACUGGGGAAAAAGCUGAAGGCCACUAUGGAUGCCGGGAAACUGGUGAGCGAUGAAAUGGUAGUGGAGCUCAUUGAGAAGAAUUUGGAGACCCCUCGAUGCAAAAAUGGCUUUCUUCUAGAUGGCUUCCCUCGGACCGUGAGACAGGCAGAAAUGCUCGACGACCUCAUGGAGAAGAGGAAAGAGAAGCUUGACUCUGUGAUUGAAUUCAGCAUCCCAGACUCUCUGCUGAUCCGAAGAAUCACAGGAAGGCUGAUUCACCCUCUGAGUGGCCGUUCCUACCACGAGGAGUUCAACCCCCCAAAGGAACACAUGAAAGAUGACGUCACUGGGGAGCCCUUGGUCCGCCGAUCAGAUGAUAAUGAGAAGGCCUUGAAGAUCCGCCUGGAGGCCUACCACACUCAGACCACCCCGCUGGUGGAGUACUACAGGAAACGAGGGAUCCACUCUGUCAUCGAUGCCACCCAGACCCCCGACGUCGUGUUUGCCAGCAUCCUAGCGGCCUUCUCCAAAGCCACAUGCUGGGCAUCUGAGAGCAGCCAGGCCACUUCCCAGAGAGACCAGGGUAGGUUGGUUUGUUUGCAUUUUUAAUGUUGGUCUCAGUCCAAGUACGAACAAAACUGAUUUGGAGGUGCUCUGUUCUUGGCCUCAUUGUCAUUAGAGUUUACUCAGACCCAGUCUCUGCAGGAUAUGAAACCGCAAUCAGGUGUGUCUGUUGUAAACUCAGACUCUCUCCACAGACUCCCCAAGAAAAGAUCACCCAAAAUAAGAUCAACUAUGACAGGAACCAGCUUUUACUCCUAACUUCAGUUCCCCAUCUAUUAAGCAUUUCCUGAGGUCCAUGCUGUGCUAUUUGACUUGUGGCAAACAGAUGAAUUAAUAGACUGUUGGAAGAGGCCACAAAACAGCAGCUCCUGGAAAAACCAUUGGAAAACCAGUGGCAGGCCCAGUAAAUAACGUUGCCAGCCCUGGCACAAUCUGCUGACUUGGUGCAGUGGGCUCUAGAGUCCCAGUCCCCGUCUGACCUGGGUCUCCUGCUGUCUAUGGAACUCUGAGAGGGCUUGUCCCCUGUCCACCUGGAAGCUGGGCGUGGGUACGUGGCCAUCUUGCUUUCCUUUGGUCUGGUUCAAGUGAGUGUCUGCCAGCUCUGCUCCGCCUUGCCUCCCUGCCUGUACACUAACUCCGCCCAUUCUGAACAGAAACCUAGUCUGCCAUGGGGCAUUUCUGGGAAGCACAUGACUUCAGGGAAGAGGAGUGAAACCAAAACUAUGAGCUGUGUCUGCAGUGGCUUUGGGCCCUUCUCUGGGGGAGGGAGACCUCACAGAUCCUGGAGUCCACUCCCCUUUCACAGGGGACAGUUGCAGCCACUUGGCCUCGAGGUGGCUGUCCUUGAGUGUUUGCUAAUUGAAUGUGUGUGAUUCUCCUCAAAUACUUGUCACCCAUCCGUAUACAUUCACGUGUGCAUAUUUGGCUGCCGGUGAACCUAGAACAUGCAGGAUGAUAUGUCCUUUUGGGGGGUGGUCAGGAUUUAGAUUUUUGCUUCAUUUAAUUACAUGGCCUUAACCUCAGCAGGCAUGAGAGCUUUCUCCCGACAGAAAUGUCCAGUGUCUGAUACAUUUGGUUGCUGGGGCCUGCAUGCCAGCCUUCCCUGAUACUUACUUGGUUUUUAAAAACCCGUUUUGUUCUCUCUUGUUUCCUCUC